AUGACCCAUUCUAAUACCGCCGAACAAGCAUACUUGGACUUGUGCAGCCACAUCAUAACUCACGGUGAACACCGUCCGGACCGUACAGGCACCGGAACAAAGUCGGUUUUUGCUCCUCCGCAACUCAGAUUCGAUUUAUCUAAUGACUCGUUUCCUCUAUUAACCACCAAAAAAGUGUUCAGUAAAGCAAUUAUUCACGAACUUUUGUGGUUUGUUGCUGGCGAUACCGACGCCAACCACCUCUCGGAAAAGGGUGUGAAGAUAUGGGAGGGAAAUGGGUCGCGUGAGUACUUGGACAAGUUGGGUUUGACCGACCGUCGCGUUGGUGAUUUGGGUCCGGUUUAUGGGUUCCAAUGGCGUCAUUUUGGGGCUCAAUAUAAGACUUGUGACGACAAUUAUAGUGGUCAGGGCUUUGACCAGUUGCAGGAUGUUAUCAAAAAGUUAAAGACAAACCCAUACGAUAGACGAAUCAUCAUGUCUGCAUGGAACCCUCCAGAUUUUGCUCAAAUGGCUCUUCCUCCAUGCCAUGUAUUUUGUCAGUUCUACGUGAGCUUCCCAGACGCUGGCCGUCCCAAGUUGUCGUGCUUGUUGUAUCAACGUUCUUGUGAUAUGGGUUUGGGUGUGCCUUUCAAUAUUGCAUCGUACGCACUUCUCACCAAGAUGAUCGCACACAUUGUAGAUAUGGAUUGUGGUGAGUUCAUCCAUACAAUGGGCGAUGCUCAUGUGUAUAACGACCACAUUGACGCGCUCAAAGAACAGCUUCAAAGAACUCCACGCGAGUUUCCUAAAUUGUACAUUAAGGAAGAGAGGAAACAUCAGAUCACUUCAAUUGACGACUUUACGUUUUCAGACUUUGAGAUAGUUGACUACGACCCAUAUGGACCCAUCAAAAUGAAGAUGAGCGUAUAA